UUUGAUUGCAGCUUGAAAGAUGCAGCAGGAAUCCGCGAAGCAAACUUGGAGCUGGAAGCCUGGCUAGCUGCUGUGGACAAGUCUGGGCUACCUGGCAAGUUCAAGGCCUGGAUUUACCAGCAUGGAAUCCUCCCACGGAUUUUAUGGCCUCUUAUGAUAUACGAAGUCCCAAUCUCUACCAUAGAGGGGUUCGAAAGAAGAGUCAGCAGGUUUCUGCGUAAAUGGCUGGGGUUACCUCGGAGUCUGAGCAGUACCGCACUAUACGGUCAGAGCAACAAGCUAAAACUCCCAAGAAGUAGCUUGAGCGAGGAGUUCAAAGUGAGCCGUGCUAGGGAGGUGCUCCAAUACAGAGAGUCAGAGGACCCUAAGGUCUCCCAAGCAGGGAUCAAGGUGCGAACGGGGCGGAAGUGGAAGGCAGCGGAGGCAGUUGACGUGGCUGAGUCGAGGCUCCGGCACAGGGAACUGGUCGGAGCAGUGACCCAUGGAAGGGCAGGGCUGGGUUAUGCUCCGGCAUGCCACAGAAAGGAGGCACAGAGGAAGGAUAAGAGAUCACUGAUACAGAAAGAGUUGCGAGCAAUUAUUGAGGAGGAGCGAGCCAGCAGGGUGGUUGGGAUGCCUCAGCAGGGCGCUUGGACAAGAUGGGAACAUUCAGCAGAACGCAAAGUGUCAUGGGCGGAAUUGUGGAAGUCUGAGCCACACCGUAUACGUUUUCUGAUACAGGCGGUCUAUGACGUCCUACCAAGCCCCUCUAAUUUGUUCUGCUGGGGAAAGGCGGAGUCACCAGCUUGUAACCUGUGCCUAAAGAGGGGGACCCUGGAGCACAUCCUCAGCUGCUGUUCAAAAGCCCUGGCAGAGGGACGCUAUCGCUGGCGCCAUGACCAAGUGCUAAAGGCAAUAGCCAACACCAUAAGCAGUGGCAUUAAGCACUGCAGGAGCCUCCGCCCAGCGAAGAACAUUAUUGCCUUCGUCCGGGCUGGGGAGAAGCCACCACCAGCUGCCAGGGCCACCCACUCAGGCCUGUUAACAACAGCUCAAGACUGGGAGUUAAAAGUUGACCUUGGAAAGCAACUAAAAUUUCCAGAAACCAUCACCAGUACAACCUUGAGGCCUGAUAUGCUGCUCAUCUCUGAAGCUACAAAACAGGUCGUUCUCCUGGAGUUGACCGUCCCCUGGGAGGACCGGAUCGAUGAGGCAAAUGAGAGGAAGAGGGCAAAGUAUGCAGACCUAGUGGAGGAGUGUCGGCACAAUGGCUGGAAAGCAAGGUGCGAGCCCAUUGAGGUGGGAUGCAGGGGGUUCAUAGGCCAGUCGCUUUGUAGGGCGUACAAUAUGCUGGGCAUCACUGGGGCUAGCAAGCGCAGGGCCAUUAAGGAAGUAACAGAGGCAGCAGAAGUAGCCUCAAGGUGGCUGUGGAUUAGGAGGGGGGAACCGUGGGUGGGUAGCGCUACCUGGACACAAGCUGGGAUUUGAUCAACCCCAGCUGGGUCGCCUGGGUGAGAGUGUAUGAUGUUUGAAAGACCCGAAACACUCCAUGACCCCAGGUAACAUCACUGAUGAUGUGUCCAGGUUGCAUCACUAGUUGAUGUAUGU